CGAAGACAUAACCAGUCCAGUUGGGGACCUAAGAGCAGGUACUGACAUAUCACAUGCAGUUAGUUGAAAUUAUCGCACAUUAGCCGGCGAUCGUUGGCCGGUCGGGUUUAAAUACAGGAAACCCAGGUCUCGAGGAGGAGGGCGUGGCCGCAGUGGUGACGUGUUCAGUGUUUAUGUCAAGCCCGAAGCAGCGAACAGUCAGCACGGUAACCUGUCAGACCUUCAAAUCGUGGACCGAAAACGUGUGUCGUAGUGUCACCCCCUGCCCGGGUGCCAUGGUCCUCUGUUACACAUGAGCUCUACUAUGUGGUACAUCAUGCAAAGCAUUCAAAGUAAAUACUCCUUGUCUGAGCGGCUCAUCCGCACCAUCGCAGCCAUCCGCUCAUUCCCACACGACAAUGUGGAGGAUCUCAUUCGUAAGGGAGCUGAUGUGAACCGGAUGCAUGGCACACUCAAGCCCCUGCACUGUGCCUGUAUGGUCGCUGAUGCUGACUGUGUGGAGCUGCUACUGGAGAAAGGGGCAGAGGUGAAUGCUUUGGAUGGAUACAACCGCACAGCACUGCACUAUGCAGCAGAGAAGGAUGAGAGCUGUGUGGAGCUGCUGUUGGAGUACGGGGCCCAGCCAAACGCCCUGGACGGCAACAAGGACACUCCACUUCACUGGGCCGCCUUCAAAGAUAACCCAGAGUGUGUGAGGGCCCUGCUAGAGAGCGGGGCCUGUCCCAAUGCCCGGGACUACAACAAUGACACUCCUUUGAGCUGGGCAGCCAUGAAGGGCAACCUGGAGAGUGUCAAAGUGCUAUUAGACUAUGGAGCCCAGGUCCAUGUGACCAACCUGAAGGGCCAGACGCCUAUCUCCCGACUGGUGGCCCUGUUGGCCCGGGGCCUGGGCACUGAACAGGAGGAGGAGUGCCUUGAGUUGCUGUGCCGGGCAGCAGGGCGGUUUGAGAUCCGACGGGCGGACGGCACCCUCCCUAGGGAGCUGAGCAAAGAUCCCCAGCUGCUGGCGAGGCUGACCAACAUGGUGGCUCAGGCUCCCACGCUGCGCUCUCUGGCACGCUGUGCUGUCCGGCAGAGUCUCGGGGUGCAGUUCCUCCCCACUGCUGUAAAAGAGCUUCCUUUACCAGAGACUAUCAAAGACUAUCUACUGCUGAGAGACUGAGGUGAUGAAACCACUGGCUGAUCAUUAGACAGCUCAUCACACUGCAUUUACUGGCAAGGAAGUGUCUCCAUUGAAUUAUAGGAUAGUGUCUGACAGUGGCCCUCAUUUAUUAAAUCUUUUUGCAAAUUAAUACAGACUUAUGCACAAGGAGAAAUGAACAAAACUCUUAUGUUUUUUUUUUUUUAAUUGUCUAGUGCACAAAAUCUAAAUGAGCAGUACAGAUAACUACAGAUUGAUGCAUUUGAUCAGUUUCAGCUGAAGGAGCAAACCUCCACCAAUGCAUUUUCUUCAUGUUGUGAUAUAACUUCUAGCCUGUUAAAUGGAAGCCCACUUUGUAUGCAGUGCAGAAAGAAACUAAAACAUCAGAUUAAUGCCUACUACAUGAAGCUGAAUGUGUCCAAUCACCCAGCCUUUCUCAACAUGUUCAUACACAGCCAAUGCAUCUUUAAAAAUAAUUUUAAAUAGUUAUAUUCAUUUUUUUUGUGUGUGUGCAAAAUUGACAAGUAUUGAAUAUAAAAUUUUAAAACUUAAAUCUUUUGAAAAACUUGAUGUAUCACCAUGGUUUAUCACAGAGGAUGAGGAAAAGCUUGAGUAUGGCGAUAAAAUGAGGAUAUUCUCAUUGUAAGGUGCAAUUUUUAAAUUUAAUAAUUUAAGUUUAUGAAUGAGGGCUAAUGUCUAAUGAUGCAGACUGUCCAGUAAUUCAGUCAGAGGAUGCAGUUCCUGAAGUAGUGCUCAGGAGCGAAUGUCAUGUAGUUUGUAUGCUAGUUGGGAGUGGCCAUCUUUCUCUCAGCGAUGUCCCAGUGAGCUCAUGGUACAGUCAUUUUUGCAAUACCAAGGGAAAAAGAAAUGAAUGAAAUAAAGAAACCUACUUUGACCAGAGCAGAAAAGAACUGUUUUGUUAUUUGUCACGUAAAGGCAACAAAACAUUUCAGAAUAUUAUCAUUGGAUUCACAGAUUGGCUUCACAAAAUGUGCCAGGCACACUUACCCUGCCUCCGUUUAGUCUAAUGAUCAUCACUGUUAGAAGUGAUGUAAACAUGCCUGCUGUCAUAUGUGAUUUAAUAUUUAUUUGGGAUUUAUUUUAAUGAAGGGUGCAGUUGCCAAGGUGGUUUUUUUCUUUUUCUUUUUCUUUUUUUUACUACAAUGUAUGUUUCCAGUCUUAACCUACAGACGUUUGGGUUUUCAAGGGUGCUGACAGGUCCAACAUUUUGCAGGAUAUGUUUAAAGAUUAUUUUUAAUUAAAUGUUUAAAUGUUAGAACCAUGGAAUGGCAUGAUUACUAAGUUUUUGUCCUUGAAAGAAUUCACUAAGUAAGUUUGCAAAAUGUAUUUAAGUUUGUUACGGUAUCUGUCUCAAAUCUGACCAUUUCUGUGCUUGGUUUUGUUUGCUUGUUCUGCAGAUGUGAAAAAAAAUUAAUCUCUUAGAUUAUGUCUUGUGUACACCUGAAAAAAUGCUUUUUUCUUUGUCAACAUAAUGAAAGUAAAUGCCUUUAUAUUCCA